AGCGUGGCGGGAGAGGAAGCCUUGGACGUGUUUAACAACUUUGUGUUCACCGAAGAAGAAAACAAAGAAGACUACGCCACCGUGACUGCCAAAUUCGAAGAAUACUGCGUGGAGCAACAAAACGAAAUUCACGAAAGAUACGUCUUCCGCUCCCGUCUGCAGGGCGAGGCGGAACCGUUCGAGCAGUUUCUACGUACCUUGAAGAGACAAGCGCAGCACUGCAACUUCGGGACCAUGGCAGACGAGAUGGUACGCGACCAAGUGGUGUUUGGAACCAACUUGCCGAAGCUUCGAGAGAAGAUGCUCAGGGACAAACACCUGACCUUGGAAAAGGUCGUCACCUUAUGCAAGGCGGCAGAAACAUCAGCUCGUCAAAAUGAAGUCUGGCGUAAGGCAAGUGAAGAACUCGACGUUAACGCUAUGAAGACCAGCAAGAACGCUCCGACAAGCCCCCGGCGCAACCCGAACUGUACGCGCUGCAAUCGAAGGCAUGCCUUGCGACGCUGCCCGGCAUACGGAAAGACCUGCUACUCGUGCAAUGGGCGGAACCACUUCGCGUCUUGUUGCCGCGAGAAAGAUGCCGUUUACGAGGUACAGCAUGAAAACGACGACUUCGAGGUGCUGGAUGUCGCAGUCGGCAGCGCCAACAAAAAACGCGACUGGCUGGUGGACGCGUGUCUUCAAGGCAAACACCUAAGUUUCAAAGUUGACACAGGGUCACAAGCUAACGUGUUACCACUAUCAGUGUUCCGCAAGUUCAAGACCGUGACGCUGAAACCCAGCGGCGCUGUUCUGAGAUCCUACGGUGGCAACGUCAUCAAGCACGUCGGUACAUUUUUAUCGCCCGUGACGGUAGGCGACCGCCAGAUAUGCGCCGAAUUUUUCGUGGUAAAGAACGGCCACAGCGCUAUCUUGGGCUUGGCAGCUAGCGAGAAGCUAGGCAUCGUCAAUCGCGCUGUUGAAGGCGUGUCGACGAGCAACACCGAAGCAGUCUUCCAGGAAUUCCCGCAGCUUUUCCACGGAACCGGGCGUACCCCGAAAGAAUACAAGAUGGUGCUACGCAAGGACGCCGUGCCAAUCGUUCAGCCAGCUCGAAGGGUUCCCCUGUCGCUGCGAGAGCCUCUUCGUGCAGAACUGGACCGAAUGGAACGCGAAGGCAUCAUUCAGAAGGUCAGCAGCCCGACGGACUGGGUAAGCCCGUUAGUCAUUGUACUAAAAAAAGACAGCAAGUUGCGGGUAUGCAUGGAUCCCAGAAGGAUUAAUGAAAACCUGAAAAGAGAACACUACCAAAUGCCUCGUAGAGAAGAUAUUGAAGCGGACUUGGCAGGCGCGAAGUUUUUCUCGCGUCUAGACGCAAACGCAGGGUUUCACCAAAUCCCACUGGACGAGCAAUCAUCCAAGAUAUGCACGUUUGCCACGCCUUUCGGCCGUUAUCGCUUUCUACGCCUUCCAUUCGGCAUAGCGUCAGCUAGUGAGGUGUUUCAAAAAGCCCUCAACGAAGUGUUCGAGGGCCUUCCUGGCAUACGUGUAUACGUGGACGAUGUGCUGAUCUGGGGUGCGACUAGGGCGGAGCAUGACCAGAGGCUGCACCAUGCACUAAAGGCAGCUGAAGCAGCGGGCCUAACUUUUAAUGCAGCCAAAUGCCAAUUCGGCGUUCAAGAAAUUUUGUUCCUGGGCGACAUCAUUAGCCACAAAGGCAUUAGCCCCAAUCCUGCCCUUGUGGACGGUCUUCUCAAAAUGCCAAAGCCACAAGACAAAUUGGCAGUACAAAGGUUGCUCGGGGUUGUUAACUAUUUUAGCAAGUAUCUACCGUCACUUUCCCAGCGCACUUCGACUCUGCGUUCCCUGAUCAAACAAGACGUCAUUUUUGAAUGGACACCUAAUCAUGAAAACGAGUGGCAAGCCAUAUGUCAGGAGCUAAGCGAGGCACCGCUGCUUGCUAUUUUUGACCUAGGUUUGGAGACGAAGAUAACUUCAGACGCAUCUCAAAGUGGCAUUGGCUCCGCACUCCUACAACGUCAUGGGGACUGCUGGAAACCGGUCGCUUACGCGUCGAGAGCGCUGAGUGAAUCGGAACAGAGAUAUUCGCAAAUUGAAAAAGAGGCUUUGGCGUUGGUUUUCGGUUGCGAAAAGUUUAACCAUUUUGUGUAUGGUCGCCCACUCAUACUCGAGAGCGACCACAGCCCGCUGAUAAACAUAUCUAGGAAAGGCAUAGCCGAUAUGCCGCCAAGAGUGCAACGUUUUUUCCUACGAUUGCUCAAAUACGAUUACACGUUGAUAUUUGUUCCUGGCAAGCAGAUGGCCUUGGCUGAUAUGCUUUCUCGAUCUCCUGCUCCUGGGAACAAGGGGGCCGCCGACACGGGCGACGUAGAAAUUCACGCCGUCACAGUCGUAUCAGCACUCGUAAGUGAAAAAACGGCUGCGAAACUUGCACACGAAACCGCUACUGAUCCGUAUCUUAGCGUAGUACUACGAAAGCUCGGGAGGGGAGACGAAGUGGAAGGGGCGCUGAAAUCAGUUGCCGCCGAACUUUUAGUAGUAGACGGCAUACUUUUGAAAGGAACGAAAGUAGUAAUUCCCACGAGCAUGCGCAGAGAGAUGUUAAAGAGGAUUCACGCAGGCCACCUUGGCACGGUAAAGUGCAAAGCUAGGGCUAGGCAAUUAGUCUACUGGCCGAACAUAAACUCUGACAUCGAGUCGUUGAUCCAAAGCUGUCCGACCUGCAGAACAUAUGCCUAUAAGCAACCAUCAGAGCCUCUGAUUCUACAACCAACGCCCACUCAACCAUGGUACCGUGUCGGUGUCGAUCUCUUUCAGUAUUCCGGAAGACACUAUCUGUGUGUUUACGAUUCGAUGUCCAAUUUCCCAGAGGUGGAGCUCCUACCCGACACAACAGCCACCUCGGUUAUUGAUAGACUGAGUGCUAUAUUUUCGAGAUACGGCAUCCCAACGGAGGUAUGCUCAGAUAACGGCCCACAGUUUAGCAGCCACGAGUUCGCGCUGUUUGCAAAGCAUUACGAUUUCAAACAUGUGAAAUCCAGCCCGCAAUACCCCCAAUCUAACGGGCUCGCGGAAAAGGGUGUACAAAUAAUCAAACGCAUCUUAAAGAAAACGAAAGCUGCAAACGAAUGCUUUUGGCUUGGCAUAUUAAAUUACAGGGCAUGUCCUGUCGAAGAUGGUCGGUCUCCUGGCGAGCUGCUGCAAGGAAGGCGGCUGCGCACACCCGUGCCGGACUUCGAUCCCCUUCCUGCGAUACGGGUCAAGAAACACCGACAGACAGGCCACAACGAGCGGGUGCUGCCCCGCCUUAAAAACGACGACGUGGUACGCCUGAAUGGAGCGUCAUGGGCGCGGAAAGCCAAGGUAGUUGGAUCAGCCGGGCCGCGGUCCUUUUACGUGCGUACGGAGAAUAAUACCGUACUUCGGCGCAACCGUCGACACCUUUUAGCGACGAAGGAAGAAUGCGAGGUCGACUUGUCAGACGACGAAGAUUCGGACAACGACCGGGCCUCAUCACACGGAAUGACAUCCACAGCGCCAACCAUCACGACGGCUCUACAAACGGCAACUACGACGACUCUACAAGCGGCAGCUCAGCAGCCAACGGUUCAGCCACCGCGAAGGACAACACGACAGAAGCGGCCUCCGGAGCGAUUGGGUUAUGACGAGCGCUUCCAGCAAACGAGCCAGAGGUGUUGAGCUCAGCGGUGAACGACCGUUGGGAAGGAGGAUGUAUCGUAUCAGAUCAAGGCGGACAAGCUAUCUGUAUGCUCCAUUGCCACGUGCCUUUCCCUUGCCCUCUACUACACUAACCCCUUUCCACCUUCGGCUAUAUAAGUAACAACACGGAAUAAACCAAAGCAUUGUUAUCCUGA